CUCAGCAGUGUUUACCUGGCGGCAGGAAGCCUUGGAGGCGGGAAGGGGCGGGGUGCGCGCCCGGCCUCUAAGCAGCGCCGCCAGUCAGCGCGGCGCGCCAGCGAGAGCGAGCCUCCGGCCCUGGCGGCCCGCGUCUCCUACCCGGAAGGCGGCGCCGGCAGCCCGGGGACCCCGCGCAGCCCGCGCUUGGGGCCCGGGCGGCGGGCAGGUGAACUGGACCCCGCGGCGCCCUCAGCCUGGGAGCGGCGAGCGCAGUGCGCUUCUGAAGCCCCGUUGGUUCAGGAUGGGAAACCUCGCCGGAAAGCGGGAGUCGAGUGCUGAGAAGGGCAGUAAGGAUGGUGAAGCUAACAGAGGAGAGUCUGAGAAAAAGAGAAAUCUUCACGAAUUUUCCCGGGAGACCUCGGAAGACAAUGAGGUGUUUGGAGAGGCAGAUGUGGAGGCCAACAAUGAGACCCCCUCUCAGGACACAGCGGUGACAGACUCCAAGCGCACAGCGGACCCGAAGAAUGCCUGGCCAGACGCCAGCCCAGCUGACCCCGGGGGCCGCCCCCACUUGAUCCGCCUCUUCUCCCGAGAUGCCCCGGGGAGGGAGGACAACACCUUCAAAGACCGGCCCUCAGAGUCAGACGAGCUCCAGACCAUCCAAGAGGACAGCGCAGCCGCUCCCGAGGGCCUGGAUGUGAUGGCGUCACAGAAAAGACCCUCCCAGAGGCACGGGUCCAAGUACCUGGCCUCCGCCAGCCCCAUGGACCACGCGCGGCACGGCUUCCUCCCCAGGCACAGAGACACGGGCAUCCUGGACUCCCUCGGGCGCUUCUUUGGAGGUGACAGGGGUGUGCCCAAGCGGGGCUCAGGCAAGGUACCCUGGCUCAAGCAAAGCAGGAGCCCUCUGCCCCCUCAUGCCCGCAGCCAGCCCGGGCUGUGCAACAUGUACAAGGAUGCACACCACGCGGCGAGAACUACGCACUACGGCUCCCUGCCCCAGAAGGCCCAGCACGGCCGACCACAGGACGAGAACCCCGUGGUCCACUUCUUCAAGAACAUUGUGACACCUCGCACACCAUCCCCAUCGCAAGGAAAGGGGCGAGGACGGUCCCUGAGCAGAUUUAGCUGGGGAGCCGAGGGGCAGAAGCCCGGAUUUGGCUACGGGGGCAGAGCUUCCGACUACAAAUCGGCUCACAAGGGGUUCAGGGCCGACGCCCAGAGCACCCUUUCCAGAAUCUUCAAACUGGGAGGAAGAGAUAGUCGGUCUGGAUCGCCCAUGGCGAGACGCUGAAGCCACGCUCCUGCUCCCGAACCCUGUCCUCAGCUUCCUAAUAUCCCCGCCUUACGAUUUUAACCAGUCCCGUAAAUCCCCUACUUCUAGAAAUGACCUCUUCCUAACGCCUUGGACUUGAGCACACGAGGGCCAGCCACAGCGCAUCCCCCGGCAAUGUCUGGCCAGCAGCUACAUGGAGAAAACGCAAACACAAAACGGUUAAAACGGUCACUACUGUACAUCUCGAGAUAAAGUGUCCUGGGGUCUCAGACCACGGCGACGUCCCUCCAGUUCACCCUUCCGUCCUUGGCUUCACGCUGCGUGCUCUCCCGCCCUCGGCUUCAGGCACUCCCAGGAGACACUGCUGUGGACACAGGACGCGUGCGGGUGGUGGGACUGGCGAUCCGCGCUUCCUUUGGUUUCUUCUCCCGCCCCUUGUCUCCCCCAAGGCACCUCAUUUUCCUAACAGGAUCAGGCAGUCAGGAGUGGCUUCACCCCACGGGGGCUUCGGUACGUGAGAUGCGGGCGGGCAGCUGAGGACAGUGUGACGUGGUGGACACGGGGCCGUGGGCUGCUCCCACCCCCUAAUUGGCAGGAUUCGUGUGUGGCAGAGAGGGGAUGAGGAGGCAAAGGGGCUGGGUGGUGGCCUCGAGCAGGAAACGGGAUCUUGGAAAUCAGGUGAUGGCACAGUGGGAACCAGAGCGGCCUCCACAAACCACCUGUUUCCUCCUCCCCAGAGCCGGCCGGCUGGGGGCUCAGGGAGCCCAACACAGAGAGAGUGGGACUUGUAGGAGUUUUCUGGGUAGCCGCGCAGUGUCACACUGGUCACGUGGGGAGCCGAACGUGACCGGUGGUGCGCUCGGCAUGGCAGUGCACAUGGCAAACACUAACCUCCGUCUGCUUGUUUCCUAGAAGUGAGCGUGCUGAGUAACUAGGCCUAGUGGGGGGCCUGCCUUUGCCCCGUCCCUGCCCCUGCCCUAGACGCAUGGCUGGUCGGCCAUCCGAGCAUGGAGGAGCUGUCCUCUGGAGCAAACUCCUUUCUAACAUGAGCUGACACUCCCCCUGCUCCCCUCCAUAACGUACUGACUGCCUUGUGAGUUCCGCGUCUCCUGGCACCUUGUCACCUUCCAAAGAGCUCCCAGGAGCAUAGGUCUCCCGAAGAUGGAAUAGCCCACGUAAUGCCGAGUGCACCCCUCUAAUCCUGUUCUAACUCUGAAUGUCGAGUGUGGGUUUAACACAAUGUCUAUUAACACAUAGCCUCAGUGAUAAGAGAAACAUAAAGAACAUUUCGGAAACAAAACCUCCAAAUCGCUGGACACGAGCCCUCUGCAUCGGAGCUGACGCUCAGUGGGCACUACUCGGGACGACGCGCAGCCGCGGGCACUGCGACCGCGGGCCUCACGGAAAUUACACUCUGUUCUUGAGUAGUGAAAUCACAUAAUAAACUUUUAAUGACA